AUGGCCCGCUCAACAGAAGAGUUAGAGGAGCUAGAGUUCUACUAUGUUAUCUUUCCCACGAAGCUUCUUCCAGAGGAAGAAUACACUCUCGAGGACCUCGAUAUCGGCUUUACCUGCUCCUCCUCUGUAGCAAAAGACAUCAGCAAUCAAUUGACCAAACACUUAAACCCGAAGAGAUGGGAGUGUAGAAAUCUGGGCAGCCUUACCAAGGAGCAGAUUAUGGACCAAUACAAACUCAAGGAGGAAGACAUUGUCGAGCCAGCCCGGUUAUCAUCACCCACAGCGACCAUGAUAACACUCUACUUGAUAACCUAUCCACCGAAGCUUCCCAAGAAAGGCUUCAUUCCCAACGAAGAGAGGUGUGUCGGCGUCACACCUCACGCCUACAUUAACGAACGCGUCAAGAAAAUAGCCGCAAUGCCGUCAUUUAUAGGUUGGAAAGCUGAAACCAUUGAAUGCGACCUCGAAGAUCCUAUUAUCAAGAGAUAUAUCGAGAAGGAUGGAGGGAAAGUGAAGAUUGUUGGUGAUGAAUGGAGACCAAACGGGAAUGAUACAUGGGCUACUGCUAAAUGUACCUAUACAAACAAGUAUUUCAUCGCACAAGAGAUCGAUGCGUUGAAGGAUGAGCCUAAGAGAUUCUGGUAUACUCUAGUCUUAUUUCUCAUGAAUGAAGAGGACCUUGAAGACUACAAGAGCCUCGACGGAGGUUGUGAGCCUUUUCGCGAGGAAAUUGCGGAUGGGAGGAAUGUGGACGGUGGAUGGAUUGCGAAAGGCACUCGGAGGAUACGUUAUUGCAUAACUCCUGUUGCUCCUGAGAUACUUCCACCGGUCAACGCCGAAGAACUCAAAAUCUUGAAAGGGAAAUACGGCGGAAGCGAACCCGUCAAAAACCGCGACCCAUAUCUGAUACUCGGUUCCGACGAGUGGAGAUUGAACGCUACAGAUUUUCUUGGGGAGGAUUUCUAUGAUGCUGAAAAGAAGAAGGACGAAGACGAUGAGGACUCGAACUCUGAAAGCGAUGGUGAAGAACCAUGGGCAACGAGCGGCUUACUAGACUUUCUCGAGAAGUUCCAUUCUGAAGCAUCCAAGAAACCGGCGGAAUAUGUCCCCAUUCCAGGACGUGGGGCGGAGCUGAUGAAGGAUUUAUGA